AUGGAUGGUAUGCUAGAUAAUCUUUCAAAAGCUGAGUUCAUCAGCAUCUGUGUUCGAGAUCCAAGGCUCCAAAAAGACGACCUCUGGCACAAGCAUGCAGACUACGAGAUCUGUUUAGAUACCAAUAGCAUGUGUUUUCGAAAGAAGACCUCCUGUGUGAGACGGCGCUACAGUGAAUUUGUUUGGCUGCGUCAUUGCCUGGAACAGAAUGCUCUGAUCAUAGAAUUACCCAAGUUGCCACCGUGGAACCCCUUCUUCAGUCUGAAGAACACGGAACAGGUGUCGCAGAGAAUGAAGGGCCUAAAAGAGUUUUUGGAAAACGUUCUUCACACACCAUUGUUGUUAUCAGACAGUCGGCUCCAUCUGUUCCUCCAGUCGGACCUCAGGAUCACAAAGAUCGAAAGGUGUGCCGUUGGUAAGACUAGGUACACGGUGGCCGAAGCCAUACAGUGUUCCAACAGGCAUUACAUUGGUAGAGUAUUCGAAAAGGGCUCCUGUGACUCCGACUGCGAAAGCUCUUCAUCGUCUGGUCUGGGACAAAGUGUGGACACUGUAUCGAGAUGUAGCCCAGUCCCCUUAUUCGGGUCCUAUUAG